GCCAAUCAAGGCAAGGCGGCUGUGUGUGGCGUGCGAUCAAAGUCGGCCUGGCACCGCUUGCACACUUGGUUGCGCUUUCCCAAAACUGCCAAUGUGACCACAGUGUGUGAGUGCGGCUGUUGCGUACCAAAGCGGGCAGCAGCAAGUAUGGCGUACUGAGGAGCAAUUCAACGCCGCGGUACUACACGUUCCUGGACAUUCGUAUCGGUUAGGUUUCCCUCUUUUCUGGAUGGCUUUUUCACUCCGAAUUGGCAUCCGCACCACUGACAGCAAACGAUGCUUGGUGUUGGUGGUGCUGGUGAUGCUACUGACUGUGCUGGCCUGCCUACCACCCUCGGUAGAGGGGAACUUCCCCGUUGGGAAAUUUCGACGCUGCAACAACAAUAAGGGCAUCUGCGUGUCGCGCGAACAGUGCCUGAACGGGCAGAUCAACACAGUGGGCCAUAUGCAGAUCGAGCCGCGCCUGCUGAACGACGACGAUAUUGAUGAGUGCGAUGUGUACGGUAUGCAGUGCUGCAACCUACCGAGCACCAACGUGCCGGCCGACAGUGACGAGGAGGAACAGGAGGAGGAGGAAAAGGAGAAGAAGGGAGGCACGGUGACGACCACCACGACAGAAGAGCCGGACGAUCCGGACUGGAGUCGACAGUGCGGCCAGCGGACGGACGUCACGGAGCGGGCCGACCAGGACGGUGAGACGAAUCGGUUCGAGUUCCCGUGGAGUGUGGCGUUGUUUAGCAAGGCGCAAUUUUUUGGCAAAGUGCGCAAAGAGUUCCUGUGCGGUGGGACGCUGAUCGACGACUACCUGGUGCUGACGGCGGCCCGGUGCGUUAAUCAGAAGGAUCGCAACACGCUCGUGGUGCAGCUGGGCCGUUGGGACUUGGAUGCCGGGAAGGAGUCACGCAUGCAGGAAAUAGCCGUAGAGGAGCUUAUCAUCCAUCGGGGCUACGUGCUGUCAAGCCAUCGGCACAACGUCGCACUGCUCGUACUAGCCAACGGUGCUCAGCUUGGCCGGGCGGCCAAUCGGGUCUGCCUGCCCGACCAUAGCGUACAGUUCGGGCCGGACACCCUGUGCUACGUUGUCGGCUGGAGCAACUCACCGUCACCGAACACGUCCAACCGACAGCUGAAACUCCGGUCAAUGGUUGCGCCCGUGCAGGAAUGUACGGCCACGAUCAGGCGUUCCACGGGCGCGUGGGAUUUCCGGCUGCUCAGCGAGAACAUCUGCACCACCUAUCUGGACGAUACGGUGCCGUGUGAGCGGGCACCCGGGUCGGGGUUCGUGUGCGAAUCGCCCACCCUACCCGGGCAGUACUUUCUGGUGGGCAUCGCGUCGUACGCAGUGCGCCAGUGCCACAAGUACCGGGCGCACGAUGUGUUUGUGCACGUGCCCGAUUACAUUGAGUGGGUUGACGGCCAUGUGGUGAAUCAGAGCCGGCAGACGAGCUUCUAUCGGCCCGAUCCGAUCAGCUUCGAUUAGACGUAGGGCCAUGCAGGCGAGGAUUUAGCGAAUAAAUGAUUCUUAAGGUGCAUAAUCUUUGAAA